GACACCGGAGACAACAAGGUAACGCUAAUUUUAGCGUCUCGUCACGAGUUUUUCCGUUACUUUAAAUUUCAGUGUUUACAAAAUAUUUAGAUUCUAACGUUUGACUGGCACAUUUUUUGUACAAAACCAGUUUAGUUAAGUUUAUCAGUCUGCUGGAGAGUCUGGAAAUCUUGUUUUUUUUCUUUUUUGCGAUAAUGGGACGGACGAAGUGGCCAGUCAGUCGUGACAGUGGAUUUGCUAAGAGGCGAGGUACACCUGCGAAACCAGCGCUGAGCAGACGAUACAAGCACAGGAGGCCUCUGCCCAACAAGCAUUAUGCGACACUUCCAGAGGAACCUGAAGUGGAGGAGAUGAUCCCCACUGUCAAACCACGCAGUCCGGUGAGGACAAGCACUAAGCCUGAAUGCAAAUCUGUAUUACACUUGACCAGCCCUGCAUACACUGAAAACCCCAGACACAUAGCUAUCUCGGCUGCCACUCCAGCUGAUAAAAAAUCUGGCUACCAAGUGUCACCAGCGUGGCACCAAACUGUUCAGAUGACUCCUGACCCCAAGGCUUUUAAAGGUUGUGAAAUGCCAGUUGAAUACGAAGAGCAAAACUUGGCAGUGACUCCCAAAAGCAUCACAUCUUCUAGCAUGGAGACAGACACAACUUUCAACUUUGAUGAUGAUGAGGAAGACUGUUACUCCUCUGCCUCUUCAUCUUCAAGCAGCUUACCUUCACCGGAGAUCUUCAGAAAAGAGAACUAUGUGCAAACAUUGGCUUUCUCCAUGAAGGAGGAACUGCUGGGUCUCCAUCUUAACAUAAAAAACUCCACUUUGCUGGAUGUGAGCCAUGCUGAGACCAUCCACAUGCAUCAUCCCCCUGACCUUUCUACCAUCAUUGGUGCCUCCACGACUCUUGCUGAAAAGAACUGUAACAUCAGCAAGCACAGAGGACCUGAAGCUGAGACUAGCGUACAAACAGACUCAUUCCAACCAGACAAUCAGGCACAAGCAUUCAAUUGCAAAACCACAGCAAAAUCAGGAAAGCCACCUAGCUGUCUUUUACAGAUCACCAGCAAAAGACCUAUACUGUGCAAGAAGAAGGUAUCAUUCAAAACCCCCAUCAUUGCUGAGACCUUUGAAGUAAAACAUAGCCGAGAAACCAAAUUAACCGCUCACAACGCCAGUGAGUCAGUCGGAACGUCCACUCUGGCCGAGCAGAUGAAGCCUGAUGCAGAGACAUCCAGGGCGGGUGAGAUACAUUUCAAAGAUGUCACACAACAUCUGAUGGUGACGCUAAAAAGUCCUGUAAAAAGUAGCCCAGAGAAUGCCAAGUUUUUUGACUUUGUCAGUGAAAGUGACAGGGAAAUGUUCUUUCAGAGGAUGAGAGAAAGGUGUGUCAAACUCAGAAGCACCCCUUUAUUUCCUCUCAGCUGCUAAGCUCGUAUAAGCUUCUGUUCUGUGACAUUUGAAGCCAAAAUUUUGUUUGUAGACAUGUGGCCUGUGGAUUCUCCCAUAAUUAGUGUCAGUGAGGUCUGUAUGUGAAAUAUCCUGUAAAAGAGUAAUAUGUGUGUACUUUGAAACAGGUGCACGAGUCUGUGAAAUAAUUUCAUUAGUAUUUAAAUGUGUUAUUUGAAAAGAAUAAUUCAAAUGGACACCACAGUCUGUCUUUUAAGUUUGUGUUUGCUCACCAUAAAACUUGUGAACAUGAUCUAAGUGACCUUCCCUUACUUCUCUACCUGGCCCUUAUUUUUAUCCCAUACAAUCCGUGGUCCCAUGUGCUUAGCUGUUAGUGAGCCAUAUAAAAAUAAUUAGUCCUUUAAAUAUAUGCUUAUGACAAUGUACUUUUUUCACAUGAUGUAAGAACUGAACCCCAACCCCCAUCAUCACACACACACACACACACACACACACACACACACACACACACACACACACACACACACACACAGCCUAACUACCCACCCAUUUCCGUUUUUAUUUAUUUUGCAUUUGUUAUCAAAGAGUGUGUGGUGCAAUGUAACCACUAGAUGUCAGACCUGUAUUCUAUUAAAUAACCAUCCUUUUUUUCUUGUCCUGGCAGUGAUUGUGUUUAGUUUUAUGUGUGAGAAUAUAUAUAUAUCGUUUGUGAUCUUUAUCUGUGCAUUUUCAUUGAUUCUUGUAAGUAUGUGUCCAUGCUAUAAGAACUUUAUCUAAAUGUUUAACGUAAGCUCAUUGUAAAGUUAAAAUGUAUGUUUAUAUGUCUUUGUGUGUUAUAUUCUGUAUUUGUAAGUCAUUUGUCUUUUUGAAAAUGUACACGUGUGAGUGUGUAAAUGUAUAAAAUUAAAAGAUGUUCAAUGCUUAAAUAA